CGGCACCGCCCGGGAAGCUGAGCGAAGCUGGGUGCUACCGCCACAUCCUCCGGAGCUCUGGGUCCAGGCGAGCCGAGUCGAGCCGGGCCAGGACCAAGCGGAGCGGUCCGACGGCACGAGCGAGCCGAACGCUGAGCCAUGGCGCACCAGACUGGCAUCCAUGCCACUGAAGAGCUAAAGGAAUUCUUUGCCAAGGCCCGGGCUGGCUCUGUCCGACUCAUCAAAGUCAUCAUUGAGGACGAGCAGCUCGUGCUGGGUGCCUCGCAGGAGCCAGUGGGACGCUGGGACCAAGACUACGACAGGGCUGUGCUGCCACUGCUAGAUGCCCAGGAGCCGUGCUACCUCCUCUUCCGCCUUGACUCUCAGAAUGCCCAGGGUUUCGAGUGGCUCUUCCUGGCCUGGUCACCUGAUAAUUCUCCUGUGCGGCUGAAGAUGUUGUAUGCAGCCACGCGAGCCACAGUGAAGAAGGAGUUUGGAGGCGGCCACAUCAAGGAUGAACUCUUCGGGACAGUAAAGGACGACCUCUCCUUGGCUGGGUACCAGAAGCACCUGUCAUCCUGUGCCGCACCUGCCCCACUGACAUCGGCUGAGAGAGAGCUCCAGCAGAUCCGCAUCAACGAGGUGAAAACCGAGAUUAGUGUGGAAAGCAAGCACCAGACCCUGCAGGGCCUGGCCUUCCCCCUUCAGCCCGAGGCCCAGCGGGCACUCCAGCAACUCAAGCAGAAGAUAGUCAACUAUAUCCAACUGAAGCUGGACCUGGAACGGGAGACGAUCGAGCUGGUACACACAGAGCCCACAAGUGUGGCCCAGCUGCCCUCCCGGGUUCCCCGAGAUGCUGCCCGCUACCACUUCUUCCUGUACAAGCAUACCCAUGAGGGUGACUCCCUUGAAUCUGUGGUGUUCAUCUACUCCAUGCCGGGAUACAAGUGCAGCAUUAAGGAGCGCAUGCUCUACUCCAGCUGCAAGAGCCGCCUCCUUGACUCUGUAGAGCAAGACUUCCAGCUGGAGAUAGCGAAGAAGGUUCUCUGCCUCAGGACCCUGCACCCCUUGUCUCUCCUGGUACAAGCCGCAGUGCUGGCCGAGGCUCUGGCCCUGGGCACCCUGCCUGCCUUCCUGCCCUGUGAGCUGAAGCCUCAUGGCCUGGUAGACUGCAACUGGCUCUUCCUGAAAUCUGUGCCCCGCUUCUCUGCAGCAACACCCCGUUCCAAUAUCACCAACCUCUCCUUGAUCUCCAACCGCAUCCACCACCUGCAUAACUUUGACUUCGUCCACUUGCCCAACCUGCGGAAACUGAACCUCAAAUGGAACUGCCCGCCCACUGGCCUCAGCCCCAUGCACUUCCCUUGUCGCAUGACCAUCCAGCCCAACACUUUCAAGGCUGUGCGUACCCUGGAAGACCUGAACCUGAGUUACAAUGGGAUCACCACUGUACCCCCACUGCCCAGCUCCCUAAUGAACCUGAGCCUGAGCCACACCAACAUCCUGGUACUCGAUGCUGACAGCUUUACUGGCCUGCACAGCCUGCGCUUUCUCUUUAUGGAUGGGAACUGUUACUACAAGAACCCCUGCCAUGGGGCAGUGGAGGUAAAGCCAGGGGCUCUCCUGGGCCUGAGCAACCUCACCCAUUUGUCUCUCAAGUAUAACAACCUCACGAAGGUGCCCCACCAACUGCCCCCGAGCUUGGAGUACCUACUGGUGUCCUAUAACCACAUCGUCAAGCUGGCACCUGAAGACCUAGCCAACCUGACCUCCCUGAGAGUACUUGACGUGGGUGGGAACUGCCGCCGCUGCGACCAUGCCUUCAACCCCUGCAUAGAAUGCAAGCAAGAGUCCCUCCUGCUGCACCCCGAGACCUUCCAUCACCUGAGCCACCUCGAAGGCCUGGUGCUGAAGGACAAUUCUCUCCACAUGCUGAACCCCUCCUGGUUCCACGGCCUGGCCAACCUUUCAGUGCUGGACCUGAGUGAGAACUUUCUCUAUGAGUGCAUUACCAAAACCACCGCCUUUCAGAACCUGACAAGCCUGCGCAAGCUCGACCUGUCCUUCAAUUACUGCAAGAAGGUAUCAUUUGCCAAGCUCCACUUGGCAAAGUCUUUCGCCAGCCUGGUGUCCCUGCAAGAGCUGAACUUGAACGGCAUCUUCUUCCGCUUGCUCAACCAGUACACGCUCAGGUGGCUGACCCCUCUGCGCAACCUCCACACUCUGCAUCUUCAAAUGAACUUCAUCAACCAGGCCCAGCUCAGCAUCUUUGGUACCUUCCCAAGCCUUCGCCUUGUGGACCUGUCAGACAACCGCAUUAGUGGGUCUUUGAUAGUGUCAGCAGUCACCCCCAAAGAGGCAGAUGAUGGGGCGCAGGAGAGUCUGUGGUCUGGGGUUCUCGCUUCAGCUCCACUGAGCACCCCUGACCAUAAGAACACCAUGGUCAGAUGCAGGAACCUCCCGUUCACCUUGGAUCUGUCUCGGAACAACCUGGUGGCGAUCCACCCAGAGAUGUUCGCCAACCUCUCACACCUCCAGUGCCUAAGCCUGAGCCACAACUGCAUUGCACAGGCUGUCAACGGCUCUCAGUUCCUGCCACUGACCGAACUGAAGGUGCUGGACCUGUCCCAUAACAAGCUGGACUUGUACCACGGGCGCUCUUUCACUGAGCUCCCACAAUUGCAGGCCCUGGACCUGAGCUACAACAACCAGCCCUUCAGCAUGAAGGGUAUCGGUCACAACUUUAGUUUUGUAACCCAUCUGUCCACGCUGCGAUACCUCAGCCUGGCACACAAUGACAUUCACAGCCGUGUGUCCUCACAUCUUCGCAGCGCCUCGUUGGUAUCCCUGGACUUCAGUGGCAAUUCUGUAGGCCUCUUGUGGGGUGAGGGGGACCUUUAUCUCCAGUUCUUCCAGGGUCUGAGAGUCUUGAGCAAACUGGACCUGUCUCAGAAUCGCCUGCAUAUUCUCCUGCCCCAGAACCUCGCCAACCUCCCAAAGAGCCUGAAGGAUCUGAAUCUCCGUGACAAUUACCUGUCUUUCUUUAACUGGAGCAGUCUGACCUUCCUGCCCAACCUGGAAGUCCUGGACCUGGCGGGAAACCAACUAAAGGCCCUGGCCAACGGCACUCUGCCUUACGGCACCCGGCUCCAGAAACUGGACGUCAGUAGCAAUAGUAUUGUCUCUGUGGUCCCAGCCUUCUUUGCCCUGGCCUUAAAUCUGAAAGAGGUCAACCUCAGCGACAACAUCCUCAUGACAGUGGAUCGCUCCUGGUUUGGGCCCAUAGUGGUGAACCUGACCAUGCUAGACGUGAGAAGUAACCCUCUGCACUGCGCCUGUGGGGCGGCCUUCGUGGACUUCCUGCUGGAGGUGCAGACCAAGGUGCCUGGCCUGCCCAACCAAGUGAAGUGUGGCAGUCCUGGCCAGCUGCAGGGCCGGAGCAUCUUCGCGCAGGACCUGCGGUUAUGCCUGGAUGAGGUUCUCUCCUUGGACUGCUUUGGCAUUUCACUAUUGGCCGUGUCUGUGGGCAUGGCAGUACCAUUACUACAACAUCUCUGCGGCUGGGACGUCUGGUACUGCUUCCAUCUGUGCCUGGCAUGGCUACCUUUGCUGGCCCGGAGCCGGCGGGGAGCCCAAGCCCUGCCCUACGAUGCCUUUGUAGUGUUCGAUAAGGCGCAGAACGCGGUCGCCGACUGGGUGUAUAAUGAACUGCGGGUGCGGCUGGAGGAGCGGCGCGGGCGCCGAGCCCUGCGCCUGUGCCUUGAGGACAGAGAUUGGCUGCCCGGCCAGACACUCUUUGAGAAUCUCUGGGCCUCCAUCUAUGGCAGCCGCAAGACACUCUUUGUGCUGGCCCACACGGACCGGGUCAGCGGCCUUUUGCGCACCAGCUUCCUGCUGGCUCAACAGCGCUUGCUGGAGGACCGCAAGGAUGUAGUGGUGUUGGUGAUCCUGCGUCCUGAUGCCCACCGCUCCCGCUACGUGCGCCUGCGCCAGCGCCUCUGCCGCCAGAGUGUGCUCUUCUGGCCCCAGCAGCCCAGCGGGCAGGGCAGCUUCUGGGCCCAACUGAGCACAGCCCUGACUAGGGACAACCGCCACUUCUAUAACCAAAACUUCUGCCGAGGACCCACAGCAGAGUAGCCCAGAGCCACAGCUGGAUACAGCGGCACCUUCACGCCUGGCCACGCGGGUUGCUUGCCUACCUUGUUCUGUCAUUCUGCUUUUCUCCAGGAGCACACGAUGUAUGCUGCCAAACCCUGGGUUCCUGGACAGUGUGGG